UAUUAAUGUUGAUUGAAUUGACAAUGAAUUGAAUGAACGGAUAGUUUGCGAGACAAUUGAAUACUACAAGAAGUGGUGAACAGAUAUCUGCGAGAAGCGGAGGAAUGGCCGGUAAGAUCCGUAUGACUCCCGUCCGGUUCGGGCUAACAAUGGCCGCAUUCAUCGGAGCUGUCGGUGCGGCCAUGUAUUCAGUGUUCGUAUAUCCCGUACAACACGUCGAUUACUACAAGGAGAGACAGACGGCUAACAGACAGGGCAUCAAACAGGAGGACAUACAGCCGGGAGGGAUGAGGGUCUGGUCCGACCCUUUCGACCGCAAGAAGUCUUAA